UGCAAAGUGUAAAUGCAUAAAACACCUUCUGGGCGAGUGGAGACGUUUUCAGGCUCCUUUUAAAGAGAAAAUGAGUAAACUGAAAGACUAGAGUUCCCUGGACAUGUCUGCUGUGGAGAGAAGAGAAGUUUCGGAGGCUCGCUGGGAAAUUAGACUUUCCAGAAAUCGGGAUUUCAAGCAUCCACUGAGGCCACUGGUUCUGCCCAGGCAUCCUGUCUGCACGAGCACCUGGCCGCCUGACGGCUCCAAUGGGAGACCCAUUUAUGUGUCUUUUGUCAGCAAGGCUAUCCUGUGGGACAGAGGAGUCUGCCACUACACUGCCCAUGGUCGUCCAGCUUUCUGCACCUCUCUGUGUCCACGCUUCCUGUCUCACAUGAAGGCUCGUCCUAAAGACUUCAGCCCUCCCUGUUACCGGAGUUCCAAGUUCACACAGCAGCGUCCUCCUUCUCAGGGAAAGGUCCAGAACACACACACUUCCACUGCCCCAAAGAGCCAAAUGCUUCAGGAAGGACAAUUCCAUCAUAGUCCCAUCAGAAGAGCGAGCUUCGUGCAGAACAUUGGUCUGAUUGCAGGAAGUCGCUCUGCUAUCAUCAUUCCCUGUGCCCAGCUCCCCGCUGCUCCACCCAGCCUUAAUCCAACACCACCCUACAACAACACGCCUCACCCUGACUCCGAAAGACAGGAGAACAACUCAAACCCCACUCCACCAUCUCCUCAUCAUCUUCCUCCUGUAAAGGAGGAACAACUUGGGAGGGAAAAGGUGCCCCUACCCGCCAUGCUGGAGCCCGACCUCAGACCUGCUGGAUCAACCCUCUCAGCACCACCCAGCUCCCUCUCCCGGGGGUCUUUUUCAGAUUUAAGCCGUCCACCUUCCAGUUUAUUCAGUCGGAGCACCGACUUCAGCAGUGGCAGGAGCAGCGUCCUCUGUGACAAAACAUCUGCAGCAGAUUUGAUGGUCUCAGCAGAUCCAGAAGGCUAUGUUUCUUUAUCCCCAUCCCAUCCUUCCCCUCUGUUACCCUUAGCUUCUUCCCCUCCAGAGGAAUCAGACCUUCAUCAAUCCUUCAAGGAAAGCACCACCGCCGACACCACCACCACCCCUGUGCUCUACGAGCCACUCUUCGGCCAAACCAAACCUUUCUCACCUCGCCCAAUACCAGCCAUCCACUGUAAUUCAGAGAAACCUCAGAGCAGCAACAGAAGCACAAAAACACCACAAAAUAUCCACUUAGAAGCAUUUGUAGCUCCUGCUGAUCUCAACGUAUCCUUGGACUCCGAUCAAGGUGCCACUCUGGCUUUUCCCUCCACCACUUGGUCCUCCUGCCCAAGUCCACAGAGGACCACUCCCCACUCAGGGUCACUGGCAAAGCUGACCCCUUCUCCUCCAAUGUCUCGGCUGGAGUCUCAUCACUGGCCGGUCCUGCCUCCAAUCUCCCCUGUCAGAGGGCGCUCAGCAGCAUCUCGCUGCUCUGAGAUCAGCUGCAGUCAGUCUCGUGUGUUUGAUGAACUGGAGGCCAUUGCCCCACUGUCAACUUCCUGUUUGUCUUUGGACCAGCCAUCUGACUCAUCAGGCUGCCCUUCACCUGAUACAGCAGAGCUGUCCCCCGGCCUCGCAGCACUCACAAUGGGCUGCGACUCUGGAAAUCUGGGCUCCCUGUCCCGGGUUCAGCUGCUCCUCCUGGACCGACCGGCGCCUGAGACUCUUUUGAGUCCCUUUGAGCUGGAGGAGGAGAUGUCCCCGAGGUCCGAUCUGACGAUGCAGUAUGAUUCAGCAGGUGUUUCGAGGCCGCUCACAGCUGGCAGCGUCUCUGAAAGGUUCAACUCUGCAGGGAAAGUCCAAGAAAACAAAUCGGAUCAGUCUGAAGGAGGUUCAGGGUCGCCAUCGUCAUGGAUCAUAGACCCAAGUCCGUCAUUCGACAUGUUCAGAUCCUCCCAUUCUCCCUCCCAGUCCAGCCACAGUUCCCACACAGGCGAAGGGGGCCCUGAUGAGGAGGAAUCCAAUUAUCCAGGAUGGAGGGACCAAGCACAGUCCCCAGCUGGAGGGAGAAGGCCUGGGAGUCUCGAAGAUAAGGAAAGCAAGAUGGAGGAGAGGAAAACAAAGGUGCUGAACGUGCUUUCCAAACUGCAGGACGAAACGCCUCGACAGAGCAAAAGCAGCAAAGGCCACUCAAACUUCGAAGACUUCGACUUUUUGGCAAAGUACUGCAUUUUCAGUCAGGAGAAGCUGGCCGAGUACAAAAGGGCUUUUGAAGCAGAGGACAGUGACGGUGAUGGCUACAUCUCCUGUCUGCAGGUCCUCCUCGCUCUUAAAAACAUCAUCCCUCCUGAGCUGCUGUCCGAAGAGGAAGAGAUCUACGUCUACAGGAUCCUGGAGAUGGUGGACUUCAGAGUGACAGAUGGGCUUGUGGACCUGAGGCUGUUUGCUGUAAUUGCAAGCCUGGCACAGAAAAUUGCAUCCAUGGACGAGUUUAUGCGAUCGCUCAUCAGCAGCAUGGACUUCCGAUCCUUGGAAGUGAGACUCUUCAAAGCUAAGCAACUUUUCCUGUUCCUCCUGGAGGACCAGCAGGGCGAUGCGGGCGCUCAGAAGGGCUUCAUCAGCGCAGAGCAGCUGCUGCUGGAGCUGAAGGCCGGGGGCAUCCACCUGGAUCAGGAGGUGGCCGUCAGACUGGAGCUGCAGCACAUUCCUCCUCUGGACCUGCUGGACUUCUUGGCCUACCUGCCUCUCUUCAUGCUCAUUCACAAGUCGGUGAUUUCCAACCCUUUUGAUGACUCCAGCAACCUUUGACCUCAGCACUGUGUGGCUGACAUCUCAGCUGAGCCACGUCUGCUUGUAUGAAAAGACGACAUGACAAACAGAAAAGUGAUUUUAAAAAGGACAUUUGUGGUGGAGAUUUAAAGUAUUUCUUUUAAAUGAUGCUUACUUUGUUGCAUUUCUCUUCUAGCUUUAACUUUUAAAUUUGCCAGUAACAACCAGCAAGAGUGAGUUUAGAGUGGAAGAAACCAUUAUACCUUGCUAUCUCCGCUGCACCUGAAACUUAUUUCUUUUAUUUUAAAUUGCUUUAAAUUAGACAUUCAGCAUUAGUUUGGGUUUCAUAAAAUGUAUAAAUAUAAAUAAGCACUAAUAUUUAUGCAAUUAGAUAUUAAGAUCUUAAGAGACAAACUCGCUAAAAGAAUGCUCUCACAUACUAAUGAAUACAGAAUGUUUAGUAAUUUAACAGACCAUCAGAGACAAGUGUUUGUUGUUGGACGUUAAAAAAUAACAGAAGCCUUUCUGAUAAAAGCCGCCAGCACAGAAGUUACACUGGAUGUUUAUGACACACUAAUAAAAGAUAAGUCGAUCAUUAGACUGACGAUCCCUUAGGGACUUCUGUGGGGUAAUGUUCAAACAAUCUCUCUCCUCGACUGCUGUGUAAACACAUAUUUCCAUAUGAAUACUUUGAAUAUAAACAAGGGUCAAGAUUUUGGGAAGCCAAAAUGUUUUUGACCUUUUAUAGUUCAAUACAGUCCUGAAACCAUCAGUUAUCUUCUGUCAAGGAUUCAGAUUUUUAUUGUCUCCUUUAUUUUUUCUGCAUUAAUAAUGUAAACACUCUGCAGCAUGUGUGUGUACAUUUUACACUUUGUUUGCACUGCGCUCCCUUUAGCAGUCAUUUCAAUUGCCUGAAAAUAGAAUUGAAUGUACCCUGCACUUCCCACUCCAUCUCUCAUCUGUACGAGUGGCUGAAUUUUAUUGGUAUCGCACAGUCUCAGGUGGUCACAUUGCUGCCGGUCUCUUCCUGUGCGUAUGUCCUUUACGUCACACAUGUGCUGAGUAUGUUCUGUUUCCAGCCUCUGUCGUUUCUCUGAGGCAUGUGGAUCACGUCACAGAGCAGCAAAGUGCUGUCUGUGGUCCUGAAAUCUUCUGUGGCUGCUGUAGUUUCAGAGUCUGAUGCUCUGAUUCAUGUAACAAGUGCUCAUUGUUGUGGAGUUUAUUAAAAAAAAGACACAAAAACAUUUGAGAAAAAUGCAGCAGCGCAGCAGAGCUAUUGGCUACCGUCCAGUUCAGUCCAACUUAAUCAACACUGAUGAAUGAUAUUCGCUAAGAUACUCAACUGAUGUGGUUUGAGCCUUUGUUUUGCCUCAGCUUUGCCAAUUAGAUAUGGCCGCGCUCUCCUGCCGCUUGUGCACGCUUGACAGACUGCCGCCGAGGGAAACAUAAUGAGCUGUGACAGGCAGCAAACCUUUGUAAGCUCUAUGUCACCAGAGAAAACAGUCAAAACUGCUUUUAUUGUAACUCUUUAGAUGCAUGUUUUGAACUCCAUCUAAUUUGAAAAUGUGGCUGCAGGUGAGCUUUAGGGUCUUCUUACCAGAGACUACAGGAGGAAAUUAGCCUUGUAUUAUGUACUGUCCAUUGUUCCUGCUAAAUAAAUACAGCUAAAUAUUAAAAAAAGUAAAAAAGUAA